GAUAACGGUUAGAACGACUAUUCUAUGAGAAAUACGCCAUUUGAGAAAAGACGUGGAGGAGUGCAUUUUUUUGUUCGACUAAAGGAGCAGUACCUGAUAAUAUCGAAAUUAAUAUUUGAUUCAAGUGGGGGAGUACUGUAAUUUUCUUUUUCUCAGAAGAUACAAUUUCACUGAAGAGAAUUUGACUUCCGAUGUUCGGUAUUCCGCAAAACGGCCCCUGGCUCGGAUUAUUUUAGCUCCAAUUGUAUUACAACAAUUGUUGGAUUUUUAGGUGGAAUACAUUUUGGUAUGCCAUUGUGAAUUUACAACUCAUAUUUGAAUUUUAUACAUAAAACAAAUACCGCAUCAUCACAACCCAGAUGGAAAAUUUCACCUGAACAAGUAUGCAUGGUUUCAGUGUUGUCCAGCUCUGAGAGAAAGAGAGAGAGAGAGAGCGAGAGAGAGAAAAAAAACUACUACUGGACUUUAUUUUGCAUCCCAUCUGUCUACUUGGGGAAAAACAAUGUUUGGUUUAAGCAAAGUUCAGGGUUCUUCCCGGAUUUACAGCAAACCCACGGUUUCCACGGGAGCACCAGGAUUAAGACAUCUGUCCAGGACCGGGGUACCUUCUUCAGACGGCUCAAAUGCCUCCUCUAGGCUAUACGUUGCCUUUAUUAUACUCCUUCUCAUGCUAACACCCAGAGUAGAUUCUUCGUGGUGGUACAUCGGGGCACUGGGGGCGAGGGUCAUCUGCGACAACAUCCCGGGGCUGGUGAACAAGCAGCGGCAGCUGUGCCAGAAGCACCCCGACAUCAUGCAGUCCAUCGGCGAGGGCGCCAAGGAGUGGAUCCGUGAGUGCCAGCACCAGUUCCGCCACCACCGCUGGAACUGCAGCACGCUCGACCGCGACCACACCGUCUUCGGCCGGGUCAUGCUGCGCAGUAAGUGCAGCCGUGAAGCCGCGUUCGUGUACGCCAUCUCCUCAGCCGGAGUGGUCUACGCCAUCACCCGGGCCUGCAGCCAGGGCGAGCUCAAGACGUGCAACUGCGACCCCCACAAGAGGGGCAGGGCCAGCGACGACAGGGGCGACUUCGACUGGGGCGGCUGCAGCGACAACAUCAACUACGGCAUCAAGUUCGCCAAGGCCUUCGUGGACGCCAAGGAGAAGACGGUGAAGGACGCGCGGGCGCUGAUGAACCUGCACAACAACCGCUGCGGGAGGAUGGCUGUGAAGCGCUUCAUGAAGCUAGAGUGUAAAUGUCAUGGAGUCAGUGGCUCCUGCACACUGAGGACUUGUUGGUUGGCCAUGUCCGACUUCAGAAAAACUGGAGACUACCUUCGCAAGAAGUACAACGGGGCCAUCGAGGUCACCAUGAACCAGGACGGCACAGGCUUUGCAGUGACCAACAAGGACUUUAGGAAGGCCACUAAGAACGACUUGGUGUACUUUGAGAAUUCGCCAGAUUACUGUCUCAUGGACAAAGCAGCAGGUUCCCUGGGCACGGCCGGGCGAGUUUGCAACAAGUCGUCACGGGGGACGGACGGCUGUGAGGUCAUGUGCUGCGGGCGGGGCUACGACACCACGCGCGUGAAGCGGAUCACCAAGUGCGAGUGCAAGUUCAAGUGGUGCUGCGCGGUGGAGUGCAAGGACUGCGAGGAGUCGGUGGACGUGCACACCUGCAAGGCCCCCAAACGUGCCGAGUGGCUGGACCAAACCUGAGGGGGCCCCUUCCUCGGGACUUCCUGUGGGCCAUGGCAUUCUGGGAUAUAGAGUCCAUCCCUCGCAUCCUCCGAUCCCAACCCUUCUCUCCGUUCCGUUGCAUGGCUUUUAAUUUCACUGUCUCUGCAAAAACGAAAAAAAAAAAAGCACUAAAACUAAACUCCAUUUCCCAUGAGCGCCUAGCACAAAAUGCUCAGUAAAUCCCCCCCCCCCCCAUUACAUUUAUUUUGGAACAGGGCUGUAAAGUGCAAGGGCUGCUAUUAUUUGCUUCUAACUGUGAACCUGUUGUGUUGUGUGUGUUGUUUUGUU